AACAACACAAUGACGGUCGAAUUUAUUGAUUAUUUUUGGGGUGAUAAGAACAAUGGAUUCGACGUUCUUUAUCACAACAUGAAAUUCGGAUCAUUGGCUACUAAAGAACUUUUAGACUUCUUUCGUGAAAAAGCAAACAUUGAAGAACAAAACUCGAGGCUUAUGUCUAAGUUAGUUCAUAAAGCAAGUACCGGAACGUUAAAUAGUACCUUUGCACCUAUAUGGACAAUAUUGCGUACAUCUGCAGAGAAAUUAACAGCAUUGCAUCUGCAGAUGGUACAAAAGAUAACUGAACUAAUUAAAGAUGUUACCAAGUAUGCAGAUGAACUGCAUAAAAAGCACAAGAAUGUUAAAGAAGAGGAGUCUCCGACGCUUGAAGCUGUACAAGCCAUGCAAACCUCUACAGCAGCAUUACAAAAAGCUAGAGAUUUAUAUAUGGCAAAAGUAGCAGAACUUGAAAAAUUGCGUAAAGAUAACGCGUCACAAAAAGAUAUUGAAAAACUAGAAACAAAAAUCAAGAAACUGCAGGAAGACUAUAAGACUUUGCUAGAUAAGCAUGGUCCUAUUAAAGCUGAAUUCGAGAGACGUAUGACGCAAGCGUGUAAACGAUUCCAAGAAAUUGAGGAAGGACAUUUACGUCAAAUGAGAGAAUUCCUAUCAACUUAUUUAGAAUUGCUACAGAAUAAUCAUGACAUGGUUGGCCAGGUCCAUUCCGAUUUCAAACGUCAAUUUUUGGAUAUGACUGUUGAUAAAUUGCUUGAACAGUUUGUGUUGAACAAAUACACUGGUCUAGAAAAACCAGAAAUGCCUGAAAUAGAAUUUAUAACACUUUCGAUAAUCCAGCAUCAAUCAUCUUCUUCGAUACGUCUUAAUCAACCACUAGCUGCAGGCACUUCAAUAUCUUCAGCUGCAAAUUCAAAUUCAGCGACUAGCAUACAAGGUGCCAUAGCACGUGCUGCACUUGGUAAUGUAACAUUGGAUCAACGCGGCGGCGAAGUUGUUUCAAUUGGUAGCGGCAGCGGAAGUGGUAGCCUUAUAAAUACUGACGACAACAUUCUAGGUGCUUUAACGUCACCAAGACCGACUUCUCCCGAACUGGUUCAAACGCAAACAUCACAAUCACCAAAUAUAACAACAACUGCUAGUUCAUCCGUUAAGAGCAAUUUCCGUAAUUGGUUUAAACCAAGUACAGCUCCAACAACAACAACAACACCACCAUCAACAAGCGGAAAUUUCGGUAUGGAUAGCAAUGGUUCUUCCACCGGCACAGCCAUCACCAAAAAUUCGUUUAAUUCAGAGCUUCAGUCACUGCAGGACAAUAAUAAUCAAGGUUCAUUUAUGUCGUCUGCUUUAACACAAUUUUCUGAACAAUGUACCAAUUCCACAAAUAUUUGUAAUACUACUACUAUUACCACCACAACCACUACUACUACUACUACUACUACUACCACAUCAUCCAAUUCUUCCUCUAUACCAAAUGAACGACAAUUACAGCAACAGCAAGAGGUAUUACAUAUCACAGGUCAUCAACAUAGUAGUUCAUCCACUCCCACAACUAAUACGACUAGUAAAGGACAAAAAGCGACUGAACAGUUUUCGGUGUCGUUAGGUGAACGCACUAAUCAUCAAGCACAACAGCAUCCAACGUCUCAGGCAGGAAACUCAAGACGUACAACAUCGCUCCUUAAUAUAUUCACAUCAAACUCUCAGGUGUCUGGGAUUUUACGUAGUCGGCGAGAUAAAACGAAAACGAAAAAGUCUAAAAAAAAGAAAGAUGGCGAGGCUGCUGAAAAUAUACAAGAGGAACGUCUGGCAAGCGUUGAUCGUGCUAAUAAUUCUUUGGAUCAUGAAGAACAUGGCAAAAUGAAAACUCAAAAUUCUAGUGGUAGCAGUGCUGGAGGUUUGGGUGUAUCAUCUGCUUCAGCACCUGGUAGUGUGGAUUCAACUGGUGGCAAUGGUAUUGGUGGUUUAACUGCUUUGAAUGCUACUUCAGCAAUAAACUCUAACAGUGCUGCAAAUAAUAGUGGUAAUGGAGUAAAUGGUGCCGCUGGAACAUCUGCAAGUGGAAACUCCUAUGGUGCCAAUGAGGUGGAUGAAGAUGGAUAUAGCAUGCAACCGCCAAAAGAAAUUGCUUGGGAAGAGAAUCACGAUAAUGCUGGUAGUUUCUACUCUGAUUCAGACUCAGAUUCAGAUAACGAUAAACGUGAUCGUCGUAUACAUGUGAAAAUCAAACCACUAAACAAUGGUCAGGCGCCAAUGUCAGCAAGUGUUGAUGAGCUACGUGCGACGGUUGAGAAUAUAUCGCUAUCACCAACUGGUGUGUUUUCGCAUAGUCAGCAACUGCAACAUUCACGUGUCGCGUCACGUCAACAAUCGCCAGAAAUGAUAUCGAAUGCCUCUACACCAACAGCCACAGUGCAUCCUUACGCACCUUUGCAAAGUCCAACUUUGUCAAUGUCGCAUAAUUCAAAAUAUGCUGACCUGGGUGAUAUAUUUUCUGAAUUGGGCGAUGUAAGUGCCUCAGCGCCAGCUUCUGCUACGCUUUCAAAAUCAACGGCGCGACAAAUACCAACCCCAACAUCAGCCAGUAACAUUGCUAUACCCCGUCCACCAUCAAGACGUUCAGAGAUGGUAACAUCAGGUGGUGUUACGGGUGGUGUUGGAGGUGCUCGUGGGCGUAUUAGUCCAUCACCUAUGAAUCGUGCCGAUAGUAUUGGUAGCUUAGAGUUUCGUACAGCUAUUGGAGGCAUUGGGUCAUCUCGCGGUCCUUCACCACUUACAAUUGGCAUUACAGAUACCAUACCUUUGGCUGUUGCAUUCCAUGAGAUUAUACAUGCUUAUUUUCGUGGCAGCGAUGAAUCACGUUGUCAAGUUAAAAUAUCCGGUGAUAUGAUGCUAUCAUUCCCUGCUGGUAUUGCCGGUCAUCUAGCGAAUAAUCCCAAUCCAGCCAAAUUGGGAUUUCGUAUGAAAAAUGUGCAACAUUUGGAAAAUUUCAUUCCAAAUGGCAAAUUAGUUCAAAUUGACAAAAACCUGUCAAGUUCUUAUAGUACAAUGUUGGAGUUUAAUAUGCCAGCACUGACUGCAUUGCUCAGACGUCAAGCUGAACACAAUCCAACUGCGUCCUAUUUUAAUGUGGACAUUUUAAAGUAUCAAGUGCGUACUAAGCCUGGUGCUUCCUCAUGUCCAUUUCAACUCGUAAGCUAUUGGAAAUGUGAACCCACCUUUACUGCCUUAAAAAUUGAUUAUAAAUAUAAUAACCAUGCCAUGGCCAGCGCAUCGCCACUUUUGAAUGUAACACUGUCCGUACCUGUUAAUGGACAAGUGCGGAAUGUACAAUCAAAACCGCACUCAGCAUGGCUUGGAGAAUCUAAUCGUUUGGUGUGGAAUUUUACC